AUGGCAUUUUCUAAAAAGUCUGUAAAAUUCUAUUCUGCAUUCCGUGAUUCCUAUAUAAUUCUAGCUUCUUUGAGAAUUAAAACUGUUGUCGAUGAUGAAGUAGAGAAAGAAGCUGAUGUUCAGUAUGUCAUAGCAUCUAUCAAACUGUUGAUUAUCGACCAAGCUGAAAUGAUAUUAAUGCAAAAUCGGGCUACUGUACAAAAGAUCGUCUGUUCACUCAAUCAACGUCCAACUGUUCUUGUGUCAGCAUCAGCUGCACGUAUUCGAUUAUGUUACUUAGCUGGUUAUGGUAGACUUUAUCGUGAAUGUGAAAAUUUUCAAGGCCUGAAUUAUAUACCGCCAUUAUCAUAUUAUCCUGAUUUAUAUCCAACAUUUUUACCCGAUUGGGUACGUAUUCCUGAACUGAAAGCAUCUAUUCGAACUGAACAGAAACGUCAACAUUCAAAUAUGAAUGCUAUAAAGCAAGGAGAUAAAUCUUUAACAAAUUAUAACUUCAAGUUACAUUCAAUUUCAUUUGUAGUUCCUGAACAAAUUUCUAUUAAAUCAUCUUGUACAAAAUUGGUCAGUAAAAAUAAUCAAUCAGAUUCAGACGAUGAGAUAGAAAUGUCACCUAAGACGACAACUGAUAAUUCUCUUCUUUGCCUUUCUAAUUCCUGA